AUGGUUUCCUUUUCCUCCAUUCAACCAACCACCACCACCAAUCCACCGCUGUCGUCCGCCGCCGCCGCCAAAACCUCCAUCAUUCCCCAUCAAUUUUCCUUCUCCCCCUCGCCUCCGCCGGGACUUCACCAUUGCCGCGGCGGUGUCCCCCGCCGCCGCCUCCGCGUCCGCGCAAUCGACGCCGCCCAGCCGUACGACUACGAGGCCCACCUCGUCACCCGUUUUGCCCAGUCCACCAAGCUCAAAAUCGCCAUCAUCGGCUUCGGGAACUUCGGCCAAUUCCUGGCCAGGGCUUUCGUCCGGCAGGGCCACACCGUCUACGCCCACUCCCGAUCCGACCACCACGGCGCCGCGCAGUCGAUGGGCGCCGCCUUCUUCCCCGAUCUGCACGACCUCUGCGAGCAGCACCCUGACGUCAUCCUCAUCUGCACCUCCAUCAUCUCCACGGAGAAGGUCCUCAGAUCCAUCCCCCUCCAGCGCCUCCGCCGGAACACACUCUUUGUGGACGUCCUCUCCGUCAAGGAGUUCCCCAAGAACAUCUUCCUCCAGAUCCUUCCCUCACACUUUGACAUCCUCUGCACUCAUCCCAUGUUCGGUCCUGAGAGCGGCAAAAACAGUUGGCAAAACCUUCCCUUCGUGUUCGACAGAGUACGGAUUGGGGACGAGGAUUCAAGGAUCAGCAGGGCCGACACCUUUCUGGACAUCUUUAAAAAGGAAGGCUGCACCAUGGUAGAGAUGAGUUGUGCCGAGCACGACAAGUACGCGGCUGGCUCCCAGUUUAUUACUCACACGAUGGGUAGGAUACUUGAGAAGCUGCAGCUUGAGAGCACGCCCAUCAACACCAAAGGUUACGAGACACUGUUGAAAUUAGUGGAGAAUACAGCCAGCGACAGCUUUGAUCUCUACUAUGGGCUAUUUAUGUACAAUGAGAAUGCCAUGGAGCAGCUCGAGAGGCUGAACCUGGCGUUUGAGGAGCUGAAGAAGGAGCUGUUUGGGCAUCUGCACGAGGUUCUCAGAAAACAGCUGUUCGGCAAGUCUGAGGAGGGUGGGCCACGCAGAAGGCCCGUGCUUGCUAAAUUGCCAAAGAAUGGGACGCCGUUGUUGCCAUCGCCAUCCGAGACGACUCUGAACAACAAGGCGAAUUAG